AUGCCUGGUUCCAGUGGGGUCAACGUGGAGGGCUCCUGUGAUGCCCUGUGUCGAACCCUGGUUUCUCAGAACGGUCUACAGAGAGAGACAGCAGACAUCUCCCAGUCUGUCCUUUAUACGUCCCUGAUGGGCCUACUGCUGGUUGCUGACAAUGAGAAAGAGCCACUUACUGUAGGAAGUGGAAGAGUUGGUCUCAGAAACAUUGGGAAUACAUGCUUCUUGAAUGCAGUGGUCCAGUGUUUGUCCCACACUCGUGUGUUGCGCAACUAUUGUCUUUUAAAGUCUUACAAGCAUGAGAAGUUUUCAAAAGAGGAGGCAAAGCUCAUGGACACUUUCUCGCAGGUGCUCUCAGGUCUUUGGGAUGUUAGGGAAGAAGACAAUGUUGUUAAUCCUCGACAGUUUUACAGCAUUUUUAAAGAAGCAGUGCCUUACUUCAGUGGUUACAGUCAGCAGGAUGCUCAGGAGUUUCUCAGGUUCCUACUGGACAAGCUACAUACCGAAAUAAAUCGCAGGCCUUAUGUUAAAAGAACCGGGAAGGAGCUUGAGCAAACAUACGUCAGAUUUAGAAUUUCAGAAGAGGCAAAUGCCAUGUGGAAGAAGCACUUGGAGAGGGAUGACAGCAUAAUAGUAGACCUUUUCUCAGGUCAGCUGCGGAGCUCGCUGCACUGCUCGGUUUGCUCGCACUACUCCAACACGUUCGAUGUCUUCUGUGAUCUGUCGCUGCCCAUCCCUAAAAAGAGCUCCAGAGGGGAGGUCAGUCUGCAGGAGUGCCUGGACCUCUUCUCUCAGGAGGAGAAACUAGACAAGGAAAACUCACCAAUGUGUGAGAGAUGUGACAGGCGUACCGAGUGCAGCAAGCGGCUUUCCAUCCAGAGGUUUCCUCAGGUUAUUGUAAUCCAUCUAAACCGUUUUACAACAUCCAGGUGGUCUAUCAGUAAAAGCACAGUGUCUGUGUCUUUCCCCCUCAAGAACCUGGACCUCGGACCGUACGGACCUGUCGACUCCGGCUCAGUUCUAUAUGAUUUAUAUGCAAUUUGUAACCAUGCUGGGACUGUGAACAUGGGCCACUACACGGCCUGCUGUUUGGAUGAAAACGGAUGGUGCUUCUACAAUGACUCCAGUGUGACCCAGCUCACAGAGAACCAGAUUCAGACAAAUCAAGCCUAUGUCCUGUUCUACCAACGCAGCAACAGCACACCCACUGUCAGGAAAUAGUCCUGAGGAGGCAGCCGAUCCGAGCUACCUCACCUCCGGUGGUCAUAGAAAUUAAUUGAAGCCGCAGGGGUUUCAUAACCCUGACAUUAGCAGCAAAAAACAACCUCUCGAUCUCAAUGAGUCUUUCCUUGAACUAGAAGUCAAGGGGGAGAGAAGGCAUGCCUGUUUGAGCGUGCUUGAGAAGCAUCUCGGUUAAGCUGCAGCAAUGACAGUCUCUGCAUGAUUGCUCUCAGGCUGGAUUCAGACAGGAUGAAUAUGAUGUGCUAAUUCAUGAUGAAGAGCUCUUGCUGUGCAAUUAUAUGUAUGAUGUAAGCACUGUAUAUUUGUACAUCAUUGUAAAUCAUGCUUGCUGAUAUGAACCCUAACAAGAAAAUGUAUAUAAAAUACUUGUUAGAGAUACAAACAGGUUAUGACAUGGAACUGUAUGCAAAAGAUAAAUCACACCUUGAUGGUUUUUGUAAAUAAAUUCUUAUAAAUCUUUAA